GUGUCAUAGUCCGUGGUCCUGGGUCUGUGGAAUGCGUGCUGCUUGGGUAGCCACACCCCCGGACUGGGCCAUCACCGACACACCUGCUCUCCAUCGCGGUGAUUACCUGCAGAGCUUCUUUACCCGGCGCUGACGGAUGCUCCACGCCAGUCCGUAAUCACCUCUCAGUGGUUCCAAUCCGGCGUUCGGCGUCUGCCACCUGCCUGUCCUCCAGCUCUACUGGCUCACCCAGUGCAUCAUCUGGCCCUUUCACCAUCUCCACGGACUCCCCGCUCACGGGCUGCCGCACCUCCCCUCCGAGCUCCCACGGUUUCGCUCUAUCGUAAGCCCUCUACUCUAACGCAGUCUAAAUGUGUUUUCCGCUCCCCGGCUUCCUAGUAAUCCUCUCCCCUUUCUGUUGCAGCCUCCCGCGGUCCCGAUUCCGGCUUCCCUGUGUCAUUGUUUCCCCGGGUUAUUAGUUCCUCGUUUAGCUCUCUAAGUUUUCCCCGGGUCGCCUUUCGUUAAUAUAAUAAAGUGUCUUUUCUGUUACCGCUGGGUCUGCGCCUGGAUCCUUUUGUGCACGCGCGCUGUGGCGCCUGACAGUACGGACUGGCCAGAAUGGAUCCAGCGGACCCAAUACGUUCGGCUAUUAAUAAGCAGGGUGCCAUGCUCGGCCGACACGAUCAGUUACUCCAGUCGCUUCGGGAUCAAUAUGAAGAGCUUAACGCGACACAGGGAGAGCUGCGCGCUAAACAACCCGAUCCGGCAUAUCGCUGUGUUACGUCUCCGCCACCGGAACCCUUCCACGGCGAAUUGGACCUGUGUGGGGGGUUCCUUUUUCAGUGCACCCUUUUCUUCAGCCGCUCGCCACUCUCCUUCCCCACAGACGCGGCCAAGAUUUCCCACUUUGUGGGACUGCUGAGGGGAAGAGCGUUGGCGUGGGCUGAAGCCUAUUUAUCUACCAACCCGUUACAGAGUUGCGACUUCGAUGACUUCCUCGGAGAAUUUAAAGCAACUUUUUCUCCGCCGGUUUCCGAGGAUGAUGCCGCCCAGAAACUACUGGCGCUCCGCCAGGGCCGGCGUAGUGUCGCGGAGUAUUUAGUGGAGUUUCGCACCGUGGCAGCCGCUGUUGGCUGGCCUGAUUCGGCCCUAAGGGGAAUCUUUCUACGUUCCCUUAACGAUCAGAUGAAAGAUCAGCUCGCGUUUCACGAGGCAGCUGACUCAUUCGAGGAUCUGGUGUCGCUCGCCCGUAGAAUAGAUAAGCGUCUGCGGGAGAGAGAGGCCGAACGGCGGCCCAAGCCACCGAGACCUGUGUUGCACCCUGAGCUUCGUGUGUCGCAACCUCUGUCCCCAUUUCGUUCUCCAGCCGCGUGCGCUCGCUCACCGUCACCUCCUCCGCCGGAGCCGAUGCAGAUCGGGCGCUCUCGGCUCUCGCCAGAGGAGAGGGAACGCCGUUUUCGGGCCGGGGACUGCUUAUACUGUGGGAAGCCGGGACACCGCAUCGCCAGCUGCCCGGUCCGCCCAAACGGACCAGCUCACCGGUUCACGGAAUAUCAAGCCAGAUGCGCUCUCCCGUCGGUACUCCCCAGCCACGGAAACAUCUUCACCUACCACCAUUCUCCCCCCACCUGUGUGGUGGGCGCUCUCGCCUGGGAUAUUGAGGAGGUUAUCAGCCAGGCCCUCCCGGGAGACCCUGACCCAGGUACCGGACCGCCCGGACGGCGUUUCAUCCCCGCUGCCGCCCGUGGAGCGGUAAUUCAUUGGAUCCACACCGCACGCUUUUCUUGUCACCCUGGCGUGAGUAGAACCAUCGAUCUUCUCAGACGGAAUUUCUGGUGGAAAACUUUACGAAAAGACGUGAGGGAGUACGUGUCUGCCUGCCCCGUUUGCGCCCGCAAUAAAGUGUCCACUAAACACCCAGCAGGUCUGCUCCACCCGCUCAGCACACCUCAUCGGCCUUGGUCUCAUAUUUCCUUAGACUUCGUUACUGGUCUUCCUCGUUCCUCGGGAAAGAGCGUCAUCCUCACCAUCAUAGACCGAUUCUCUAAGGCCGCUCACUUCGUUCCGCUAGCAAAACUGCCUUCCGCUUCUGACACAGCCCAGGCCCUGAUUGAGAACGUCUUCCGGCUCCAUGGCAUUCCCCUUGACAUAGUCUCAGACAGAGGUCCACAGUUUACAUCACAAGUGUGGAGAACCUUUUGUUCCAUUCUGGGCGCGAAGGUUAGCCUAAGCUCGGGUUUCCAUCCGCAGUCCAACGGCCAGACUGAGCGGCUUAACCAGGAGCUUGAGGCUGCACUACGAUGCGUAGCGUCCCACAACCCCACCUCCUGGGCCACUUACUUACCCUGGGUGGAAUACGCACAUAACUCACUUACCUCAUCUGCCACUGGUUUGUCCCCGUUCGAAGCUUCCCUUGGUUAUCAGCCUCCACUUUUCCCUGAAAAUGAACUCGAUCUCGCAGUCCCCUCCGCACAGCAUCAUCUCCGGCGCUGCCAGCGGGUCUGGCUCAGGGUCCGCCAAGCUCUCCUGCGGACUAAGGACCAGUACACCCGCCAUGCCAACCGCCGCCGUACCUCCGCCCCCACAUAUCAGCCGGGGCAGAUGGUCUGGCUGGCUGCCAAGAAUGUUCCGCUGCGUGUGUCUUCCCGGAAACUGGCUCCCCGUUUCAUCGGCCCGUAUGAAGUUGAUGCUGUUGUUAACCCCGCGGCGGUUCGGCUCAAGCUCCCUGCUUCCUGGUGCAUCCAUCCCACGUUCCACGUUUCCCAGGUCAAACCUGUCCGCCGCAGCCCGUUGUGCCCUCCGCCUGAGCCUCCUCCUCCCGCCCGGCUUAUCGACGGUCACCCGGCCUAUGCGGUCCGGCGGAUCGUGGAUGGGCGCCGGCGUGGGCGGGGGUGGCAGUACCUGGUGGACUGGGAGGGGUACGGUCCUGAGGACCGCCUCUGGGUUCCUCGGUCCUUCAUUCUGGAUCCGUCCCUCGUUGCUGACUUCCACGCUUCUCUCCGCAGGCCACAGUCCGAUCGGUCACCAGGAGGUGACCCUUGAGGGGGGGUGCUGUCAUAGUCCGUGGUCCUGGGUCUGUGGAAUGCGUGCUGCUUGGGUAGCCACACCCCCGGACUGGGCCAUCACCGACACACCUGCUCUCCAUCGCGGUGAUUACCUGCAGAGCUUCUUUACCCGGCGCUGACGGAUGCUCCACGCCAGUCCGUAAUCACCUCUCAGUGGUUCCAAUCCGGCGUUCGGCGUCUGCCACCUGCCUGUCCUCCAGCUCUACUGGCUCACCCAGUGCAUCAUCUGGCCCUUUCACCAUCUCCACGGACUCCCCGCUCACGGGCUGCCGCACCUCCCCUCCGAGCUCCCACGGUUUCGCUCUAUCCCUCCCGCGGUCCCGAUUCCGGCUUCCCUGUGUCAUUGUUUCCCCGGGUUAUUAGUUCCUCGUUUAGCUCUCUAAGUUUUCCCCGGGUCGCCUUUCGUUAAUAUAAUAAAGUGUCUUUUCUGUUACCGCUGGGUCUGCGCCUGGAUCCUUUUGUGCACGCGCGCUGUGGCGCCUGACAG